GUGCUUAGUGAGCGGCUGCACGAGCUGCAGAGGCUCUUCAGAGAGAGGACUGAACGCGUCAGGGAAAGGCUGAUCGACCCGGAUGAAUCGGACGAGGAAACCCCCCCUUCCACUCCUACCAAGAAGGCGGCUCAGGCCCCACCCCCACCUCCCCCCCCACCUGCUGGAGAGGUGUCAGCAGCCCCCACUGAGGGGGGGGUGCAAGAGGACCAGUACAACCUGCUGGGGUACCAGCUGGCAAUGCCACCAUGGGCCAAAUCUCUUCUGGAGUUCCGCUUCCCCCAGAGCAUCGACCCCUACACCAGCCUGAUCUACGUGAUAUGGCUGUUUUUCGUCACCAUGGCCUGGAACUGGAACCUGUGGUUGAUCCCGGUACGCUGGGCCUUCCCCUACCAGACAGCCAACAACCUCCACUUGUGGCUGCUGGCAGAUUACCUGUGUGACGCCGUCUACAUCCUGGACAUCCUGGUCUUCCAGCCGCGCCUUCAGUUUGUCCGUGCCGGCGAUAUCGUGACUGACAGAAAAGACAUGCGAGAAAACUAUUUACAGACGCAUCGCUUCAAGAUGGAUGUGCUGUCCCUCGUUCCACUGGAGGUAUUUUACCUGAAAACAGGCGUGAACUCCCUGCUCCGCUUCCCCCGACUGCUCAAGUAUAUGGCUUUCUUAGAGUUCAACGAUCGCCUGGAAGCUGUCCUCAGUAAAGCUUACAUCUACAGGGUCAUCUUGACAACCACCUACCUGCUCUAUUCGCUGCACAUCAACGCCUGUCUUUUCUAUUGGGGCUCUGCUUACGAGGGCCUAGGAUCCACUAAAUGGGUCUACAAUGGCGUGGGUAACAGUUAUAUCCGCUGCUACUACUUUGCCGUGAAGACCCUGAUCACCAUCGGGGGCCUGCCAGACCCCACCACCCUAUUUGAGAUCGUCUUCCAGAUGGUGAACUACUUUGUGGGAGUCUUCGCCUUCUCCAUCAUGAUUGGACAGAUGAGGGAUGUUGUGGGUGCAGCCACAGCAGGACAGACCUAUUACCGAAACUGCAUGGACAACACUAUCAAGUACAUGUCCUCCUACAACAUCCCCCACCAGGUCCAAAACAGGGUCAAGACCUGGUAUGACUACACCUGGAAGUCCCAAGGCAUGCUGGAUGAGCGUGAGUUGUUGGUGCAGCUACCGGUGAAGAUGAGGCUGGACAUCGCCGUGGAUGUGAACUACACCAUCGUCAGCAAAGUCGCACUUUUCCAGGGUUGUGACCGGCAGAUGAUCUUUGACAUGCUGAUGAGGCUUAAGUCUGUGGUCUACCUGCCUGGAGACUUUGUCUGUAAAAAGGGGGAGAUUGGCCGAGAGAUGUACAUCAUCAAGGACGGGGAGGUACAAGUGGUUGGGGGUCCGGAUGGAAAGACCGUGUUUGUGACCCUGAGGGCGGGCUCUGUCUUUGGAGAAAUCAGCUUGCUGGCAGUGGGUGGAGGAAACCGCAGGACAGCCAAUGUCGUUGCCCAUGGCUUUGCCAACCUCUUCAUCCUGGACAAGAAGGACCUGGCGGAGAUCCUGGUGCACUACCCAGAGUCCCAGAAGCUGCUGCGCAAGAAGGCCAAGAAAAUGCUGACAAAGGACAAGAAGCCAGAUGACAGCGGUGAGGGCAAGGGGGCAACGGAGGUGAUUCCCCUGAGGCCGGACACCCCCAAGCUGCUCAGGGCAGCGCUGCAGGUCACCGAGACGUCUGGCAUUAUGGGAACCUUCGCCCAGCUGAGGAAGAGGAGGCAGACAUCCAGUGCUAUCGUGGAGCUGUCCAGUCCCCCUCACAUUCCCAGAAAACCUCUUUCACCUUUCAGCUACAACUCCAUGUGUCACCAUGACCCAGACUACACCAGGCACCCAGGAGCUCAGGCAUCCUCCUGA